AUGUCAGUGGAAAUGUGGAGGACCAGUCAGUUAUGGUGGCAAGGGCCUGAGUGGCUCGUCACCGAUCAAUGGCCUGAACAACCAGAAAUCUUAGGCGAUACGUCCGAGAUGAAGAUCACUGCACUAAUCGCCACCAGAAACGAGAAGCAAAUUUACUUGGCGCAAAAAAAGAGUGGCCCUUUAACGCCAGCCGAAAUAGAGCAAGCGGAAACUAUCAUAUUGAAGACUGUCCAGCGAGAAGUUUUCCUGAAGGAGAUGCGGGCUCUCGAACAGCAGCAAUCGAUUCCCAAGGGUAGUAAGUUGUCGUCCCUCAGUCCUAUCUUGGAUCAGGAGGGAGUCAUAAGGGUAGGUGGUCGGUUAUCACAGGCCGACAUUCCCGAAACUCAGAAGCAUCCAAUAUUGUUGCCAGCCAAGCACCACGUUACAACUAUCCUCAUGAGGAAGGAGCAUCUCAGGCUUCACCAUUGCGGCCCGGAGCAGUUGCUCUACUCAACACGUGUACGAGAGAGUCGCAGGCGGGGAAGGAUUCACAUCUCGAAGGCCUGGAUCGCCGUGUUUACCUGUUUUGCCACUAAGGCCGUGCACAUAGAGCUAGUGACGGAGUUAACUACCGAGUCAUUUCUAGCUGCAUUAAGAAGGUUUGUGGCGAGAAGAGGAAUUUGCUCGAAGAUCGUGUCCGACAACGGCACUAAUUUUGUCGGAGCUGCGAGAGAGCUAGCAGAAGUAUACGAGUUUCUUCGGAAGGAGAAAGAAGCCAUAGCCACAUACUUGGCUCGUCAGAAAAUCGAAUGGAGGUUUAUUCCUCCUCGAUCUCCACAUUUUGGAAGUCUUUGGGAGGCCGCUGUCAAGGCUACCAAGCGUCACGAAGGGUCUGGGGAUUCAUUGUUGUUUCCACCAGAGUAUAGUUAUAUGAAAGUCCCGGAUAACAAGCUGUCACGAUGGCAGCAUGCUCAGAAAUUACGCCAGCAUUUCUGGAAGCGUUGGCAGGAGGAAUACCUCCAAGAGCUGCAAAAGCGUCAUAAGUGGCGUAAUAAGGGCAAGGAUCUCGAGGUCGGUACUCUAGUCAUUCUGAAGGAGGACAAUACACCCCCUCUACAGUGGGUCCUAGGCCGAGUGGAGGAAGUUCAUCCUGGCAAGGACAAC